UAAAGAAUUGUGUUAGUAGUUCGCCUUCGCGAUUAAGAUGAAUAUAGAACCAGAUAAGGGGAACUCAAUCAUUUCUUCAUUGUGAAGCACAGCAUGGGACUAUUGACGCAUGUAUUGGUACUUUUUGCGACGUGUGGGCUAGCUUUCAGCCAAGGGAAUGUUGGAUGUCCUAUAGACUUCUUUCAACACGGUGACUCGUGCUAUCAUUUCUUUGCAACGCCGGUAAUGUCCUGGUGGGAUGCCAUGGCAUUCUGUGGCAUGUAUGGGUUCGGCGAAGGAACGCUCGCCAUAGUUGAUUCAGCGGAAGAGCAAAAGUUUCUGGAAAAUGAGCUGAAAUCCAGAUACCCUCCCGGCAGUGUGCUCAAAGACUUCUGGAUCGGUGCAUACGAUCUCGUCAAUGAAGGAACGUGGGUCUGGGUCAAGAAAAACGAGUACGUGAGAAACGGCUUUCAAAACUGGGCCGUGGGGGAGCCGAACGGUGGAACAAACGAGAACUGUCUGGGGCUGUAUGACAAUCUGCAGUACAAAUGGAACGACGCCCCAUGUAAUCUUGACGAAGGGUUUAUAUGCGAAGUCCCGUUUGAGCGCAGUGGCGCCGAAGUUGUCGGAAAGUAAAAACCACAUUCCAAUCACGAUGCCAAUUCGGAAUCAGUUUCCAUUGUCAAUAUUGUAUUAAAAUCUAAUACAAAAUAAAUAAAUGUUAAUAAUU